UUUGCAUUUUGCUGGUUGUUGAAAUUUCAAGAAAAUCGAGAUUGUUAAAUAUACCAAAUUAUAGCGUUUUACAGAGAAAAUAAAAUAGUAUAGUAGUAAUGCUGCAGUUUAAUAUUAAUUUUAUUAAACACGCUGACGAUAACUUUUGAGGCAAAAUUCAAUGCUUAAUCAGUAGAGAGACACGGAGAGAAAACCCGACCGACCGACCGAACCAGGAGACGGAGAGUAGGUGGAGCGUACAGCCACCAUCCACCCGACGCCCACCAAUAGAGGCACCGCCACAAACACCAACAACCACACACAAAGCGAUAUAGAGAGACAGAGAGAGAGCAGCAGGAGCAACAACCAGCAGGAGGGAGCGAAAGCUUCCGGAGCGGCGAGGCGCGAGGCGAAAGGCGAUUCCCGCCCGAGCCCGAGCCCGAGCCGGAGCCGGAGCCCGGGCCAUCGCCAUCGCCAUGAAGGUGGACACGGUAAAGCUGAAGAAGGGCUCUUCGGAGCUGACUUCCGAGUGCCGCGAACUGAUCGAUGAGCUGACAAAGCGACGGACACGCGCGGAGUUGCUCGAGUUUCUCGACAAAAUCCACGUGUGGAUCUACGGCAAGUGCGAGCUCUAUCACUGGAUCGAGAUACUCGAUCGUUUCGACAAGAUUCUGGAUGAGGCAGCCCGACAUGUGAAUUCCAAUGAAUUUGUCCUCCAAUGCGACACACAAUUCCACUCAACGGUAGGUCCACCCACGGACGUUACACUGCUGCUGCAUGUGCUCAACUUUACGACACUCCUGAUCGAGCACUCGUUCUCGCGGCAUCUGUACAACUCGAUCGAGCAUCUGACGCAGCUGCUCUCCUCACAGAACAUGGACAUUGUCCUGGCGGUCCUCAAUCUGCUGUACAUGUUCUCGAAGCGCAGCAAUUUUAUACCGCGCCUGCCCUUCGAAAAGAAGGAAUUGCUGAUUGUUAAACUGUUCAACAUAGCAGAGCGGUGGGGCGACCCAAACUAUGGCCUCUCGCUCAAGGACUGCUGCAUUGGCGAGCCAAAGCUGGAGUUUCUCUAUCAGCUGUGCAUCGACUAUGUGGACGAGCACGGCCAUGCCGCCCAGCUGGAAAUCCCUGACAUGAUGGACCUAUGCCACACGGCAUCGGCACCGGAGGUGAUCAAAACGAUUGCCGGACAGAUCUCAAAGCCCAGCGAGGCAAUAAAGAUGCGCAUUGCUCAUCGCGUGCGUCUCAUUUCUGGAUUCAACAACUACAAGCUGCGCCUGCAGUUUGUCCAGGCCCGCCUGCAGGCCGUCUCCAUUCUGAUCUACUCGAACGCCCUGCAGGACAACACGGACAAGGUGCUGUACCCGGGCUUCGGCGAAGAGCUCUGCGAGCUGAUCGACAAGGAGGACGUGAUCCUGGUGGAGAUACGGGCCGCCGUCUUGCGCACCCUCACAUCGAUGCUGCACUUUGAUCGCAAUCCGAAUGUGCCCAGCAGGGCCGGAUCGCGGCUAAUGAAGAUUGUCCUUUACACAGGCGCCGAGCGUCAGGGCGGCACACUGCCGCUCCUGGUGCGCGACUGCAUUAACAAUCUGACGACACACGGGCUCACGGAGCGCUACCCCCUGAUCCUGGCCACGUCGCUGUUCUCGCUGCUGUACCAUCUGGCCAGCUACGAGAUGGGCGGCUCCGCCCUCGUGAAGAGCGGCAUGAUGCAGUCCCUGCUGUGCGUCAUCAGCUGGCCAGGCGUGGACCUCGAGCACAUAACCUUCGUGACGCGGGCCGUGCGGGUGAUUGAUUUGAUCACGAACAUCGACAUUGCCCGCUUCCACCAGAACAACGGACUGAACGUGUUCAUCGAUCGCCUCGAGAAGGAGAUCAAGAGCUGCUGCAAGGCUCUGGCGGACAUCGGCAUCACCCUGAAGGAGUCCACGCUCAGGGACGAGGAGGGUAAGCUGGACAUGUCGCUGGACCUAGUGGAUGCGGACAUCGAAGAGGGCAGUGGCUCCUCCCCGCAUCGCGACGCUUCCGAUGAUCGCCUGGGAGUCAGCACUAUCGACGAGGAUCAGGAGGGGGACGAGGGGGAGGAUCAGGAUCUGGACCUGGAGGCGGCCGGACCCAGUGGUUCCAGCAACAUGGCCGUCGUCGGCGGCAGCGAUGAGGGCGCCGAGGGCAGCGGAGCCGCAGGCAGCAGCAGUGAUCGUGCCGAUCCUGCCGACGCAGGCCUCGCCGUGGUCGUGUAUCCGGCCAACAGCUACUACGCCCGUCCUCUGGCCGAACGGAAGGCCGAACUGUCGCAGGCCCAGCUGCCGCCGAGCAGCGUCCAGCCGAAGAAGCCGUCGUGCGUGACGCAGCGCGCGGCGCUGCUCAAGUCGAUGCUGAAUUUCCUCAAGAAGAGCAUCCAGGACCAUGCGCACUUCAGCAACAUGCGCAACAUCAUGGAGACGUCGCUCACGCAGUCGCUGCGGCACAUCAUCGCGAACGCCGAGUACUACGGGCCCUCGCUGUUCCUCCUGGCCACCGACGUGGUCACCGUGUACGUGUUCAACGAGCCCUCGCUGCUCUCCUCCCUCCAGGAUCUGGGCAUCACCAGCGUCAUGCUGAAGGCCCUCCUCCAGAAGGACGUCCCAGCGACGCGGGAGGUUCUCGGCUCCCUGCCCAACGUCUUCUCCGCGCUGUGCCUGAACGAGCGCGGCCUGUUCGAGUUCCUCUCGUACGAUCCGUUCGACAAGGUGCUCAAGGUGCUGCUCUCCCCGGACUAUCUGGUGGCGAUGCGCAGGCGCCGCUCCUCCGAUCCGCUAGGCGACACGGCCACCAAUCUGGGCAACGCCAUGGACGAUCUCAUCAAACACCAUCCGUAUCUGAGGGCCGAUGCCACCGAAGCGAUUGUCCGGCUGCUCAACGAGCUGGUGCGCCUUGGCUCCGAUCCCUCGUUCAUCUGCUGGCGGGCCAACAAGGAGAGCAGCGGCUCCGCUUCCGGCAGCGGCUCCCAUGGCGCCCAUGGCGCCCACGGUGUCCUGCCCUCGGUCGCCGGAGGCGCCCCCAUGGUGAUGGUGGCGGGGGCAGGCGGAGGCACCGUAUCCGUGCUGCAGAGUGCGGCCAAUGACAACAACAACGACAGCAGCGGCGACGACGACGACGACGAUGACGAGAUGAGCUCUGCCUCGCAGCAACAGCAACACCAGCAGCCGCCACAGGGAGCAGGAGUCGUGGUCGGAGGAGUCGGCGUCGGCGUCGGAGUCGCCGCAGUAGUGGCCUCUACAUCACGUGGCAGCAGUGCCGCCCCACAGACACCAGGCGGAUCCACAGGAACAGGAACAGGAACUGGCGGAACGGCAGGAGGAUGCCCCACCGUGGCCAGCACUUCUUCGGCUACGUCUUCGUCCGCGGCUCUGGUCCGCGCCUCUGUGACGCCGCCCGAGCGCGAGGCCAUACCCCUGAUCGACUACAUCCUGAACGUGAUGAAAUUCAUCGAAGCGAUCUUCAGCAACAGCCCGAACGGCGACCACUGCCGCGAGUUUGUCCUGCACGGCGGCCUCAAGCCCAUCCUGCAGCUGCUGUCGCUGCCCAAUCUGCCCGUGGACUCGCCCGUCUCCACCACGUCGCAGGCGGUGGCGAACGUCUGCAAGGCGAUCCUCAGCCAGGCGCAGGAGACGAAGGUGCUGGACGUGGCCCUCAAGCAGCUGGCGGACAUUGUGGGCAAGCUGAAGCCCCUCAUCAAGCACUUCACCUUUCCGGGCGGGAGCGUGCUGCUCGCGGAGCUCGUGUGCUGCCAGCGGCUGGAGGACGGCUUCGCCAAUGCCGAGUACACGCCGAUCCUGCACAACAUGAGCUUCGUCCAUGGGUACGUGGUGAUGCUGGUGCACCUGUGCCGCAACGCCUCCACCGACAUGCGGGCCAUUCUCCUCAAGCGCUGGGGCGUCAACCGCGAGACCGGAGUCCAGCUGCUCCAGCAGCUCGUCCAGCUCUACAUUUCGCUGGUGUGGGAGAGCACCAUUCUGCUGAAUCUGUGCUCGGACGAGCCCACCCAGCAUCCGGAUCUCAUCUGGGACGAGAUUGCCGCCCAGAUGUCGGCGGCCGCCGGCACCGCCGAUCCCCUCACGGAGGCGGAGCUCUCCCGCAAGCUGGAGCGCGCCGCCGAGUUUCGCACAAAGUACACGCCCGAGGAGCAGUUCCGGUACAUCAAGAGCCUGCUGGCGGCCAGCUCCCGGCUGGGCCGAGCCCUCGCCGAGCUGCUUGGGACGCUCGUGAAGCUGUCGGUGGGCUCGCCGCAGACGCGCCAGCGGCGGAUCAACGAUCUGAUCAGCAACAUAAACAAAGUUCCUACCCCGGAGGCGCGCGAGAUAGCGCGGAUACUGAGCUCCAUUCUGGUGAACGGCUUCAGCCACGAGAGCAUCCUGCCGAAGCCGGUGCCCAAGCUGAAGCUGACGUUCCUCAUCUGCUCGGUGGGCUUCACCGGGCCGAUGCUGUUCGACGACAAGCGGAGCGCCUUCCACCUGAUGAUCUCGCAGUUCUGCGCCGAGAACGGCCUCAAGGCCUUCUUCGAGAUGUUCUACUGGGCGCUGUCGCUCGACGCCGAGUCGACGAAGUUCGAGUUCAAGCAGUGGGCCUCCAUGGAGGACCUGAUGCAGUCGCACGAGGACGACAAGCGCGACUGUCCGGAGGGGACCGGUGAGUUCCUCGACGCCUGGCUGCAGCUGCUCGAGAAGAUGGUCAAUCCGCGGGCGAUGCUCGACUCGCCCUACACGAUGAGUCCGCGCCUCAACUACAUGCCCGACACGGUGCCCUUCGAGCCCGUCUUCUAUCUGAUCCACAUCCACCAGCUGGCGAUGCAGGCCCUGCGCCGGAUCUGGGCCCGGCGGCCCAUCGCCAACUACGGGGCCAGCAUGUUCGAGACGAUGAUCCUCAUCGUCAAGCACCUGGUCAAGUCGCACGCGACCCUGCUGGAGCGCUACCACACGCGCCUGAAGGAGAUCAAGUUCGAGAACCUCUACAUCCGCAGCACCGACGACGGCCUCAACGUCGAGCACAUCAAGACGCUGACGGACAUGGGCUUCACCCACUACCACGUGGUGGAUGCCCUGCGCAACAACGGCUCCCUGGAGGAGGCCACCGACUAUCUGCUCAACAAUCCGGAGGCCAGUGCGCAUGCCACCACGAGUGCUGCUGCUGCCGGUGCUGGUGCUGGGGCCGGUAUUAAUAACCCCACAGCACCGACAGCGCCCACCCCGCCGCCCUCUGCCAUGGAGAUCGGCAUGGACGGACCGGGCAUGGAGGGGGGCGAGUCCUCGGGCGGGGGUUCCGGCUCGACCAUCAGCCUGGGCCCCACCCCGACGCCCACGUUCAGCCAGUACAAGUCGGGCGGCAAUCCCUCGAGCUACGACUACAAGCAUCUGAAGCUGAUGCCGCCGAUGAUCUUCGACCGUUUCUGCGACGAGGCCAUCUCGCGCGCCUUCGAGUUCAUGGAGGCCAUACCGGACGUCGUGAACAGCGCCUCGGACCUCAUCGCGGUGCUGUACAGGCGCCACAACCACCUGAACAAGCAGGUCUUCGUCACGAACUUCGUGCGCAACAUCAUCCAGUGGGUGGACUUUACGCUGCAGCUGUUCGAGAACCCGCGGCUGCCGGGCGCCACCGCCCGCGGCACGCGUCUCGAGGAGUGCCUCACGGGCAUGACGGCCACCCGGCUGUUCGUGCGCCUCAAGACGUCGACGCUGCUGCUGGACGAGAACUUCAGCGACAUGCACAGGCCCCUCGUGGAGGCGAUCAACGCCCAGGACGCGAUGGUGUCGCUGGUCAAGCUGCUCGACUGCAUGUCCCAGUGGAUGAUGGAGCAGUCGGAGAAGCCGCAGGCGGAGCGCAUCACAGUGCCCCGCUGGGUGCAGAACCUCGUCGACCUGAUCGACGCCAUCGACAGCAUCAGCCACAUUCUGCAGCGCAAGUCGAACAUGCGGGCGGUGUGCAGCGACGUGUGGCGCUGGUACGACGCCUCCACGGGCAAGUGGAACGCCUACUCGGACGCGAACAACGACCUUAUCCGCAACGCCUACAACUCCGGCGAGCGCUGGCUGCACAUCAACAUCGGGCGGCAGCGGUGCACCGUCUCCUUCAACUGCAUGACGCAGGUGAGCGAGGCCUCCGGCAGCCAUCGGCCGGUCUUCCCGGCCCUCAAGCUGAGCGAGGCCAUCUCCAAUCUGAACAACCCGGUGGCCGUCACCAAGGUGGAGCAUCUGCUGAACCGCGUCAUGCGCACAGCGCCCGACGGCCAGGGCACCACCCACACGGACGAACUGAUUUCGCUGCGGCAUCUGAUGACCUUCGGCGAGGGCCAAAACACGACCCCCACGAUGGUCCAGCCACCAGGCACAGCCACAGCCACAACGGCAGGGGCAGGGGCAGGGGCAGGAGCAGGGCCAGCGGCAUGGGCAGCGGCAGCAGGCACCAGCGACGAGACCUCCAAUGAAAGUGGAGCCAUAUCUUCGAUGGGGGGCGGGGGGGCCAGGGCACGUACCCGCUCGCCGCCCGCCUCCGCACCGAUGACGACACGCAGCAAGUCCCGGCAGAAGAGCGCCGCCGCUGCGGCGGCCGCCAAGGCCAAGACAUCGACGACGUCAGCCACGACAUCGUCGGCGGCCUCCACGGCCACACCCUCGAUACCCAAGCGCACGCAGAGGAUCCUGCUGAGCGAGGAGAACGUCGGACUGAGCAAAUUCGACUGCGCCCGGAUCAUUGGGAGCAUUGUGUCGCUCCUGCAGCCCCCGAACCUGCUGCAGCACGAGACGAAGCUCUCGCUGCUGCGCCUCUGCGCGCGUCUGACGCGCAACUACGAGAACGCCCAGACAUUCAUACGCUGCGGGGGCGUCAAGAUGCUCCUGCAGCUGCAGCAGUCGUGCAGCUUCAUGGGAUUCCCGACGUACGCGAUCAUCAUCCUGCGGCACGUGCUGGAGGCACCGCCAGUGCUGCAGGAGGCCAUGGAGCGGGUCCUGGGGAUGCGUGCCGCCGGCAUAGUGCCCGUGGGACAGCGCGAUCUGAUCUUCGUGCUCACCCAGGUGUCGACGGCGGUGUCGCGCAACCCGCAGAUCUUCGUGGCCGCCGCCAAGGAGAUGCUGCGCGGCGAGUACCUCAUGAACUCGAACAGCUCGAGCGGCAAUGCCCUGGCGGACGAGGCCCGCGUGAUGGUCAAGUCGAAGUUCGGCCAGCAGCCGACAGCCGCCGCCGGGGGACCCAAUACGCAGACACCGGCCCCGGCCCCGCCCGCCAAGGAGGAGAUGUGGGAGGACCCGAUGGUCCAGUCGGCCGUGUCCGUGCUCAAGGAGCUGCUGCUGGCCCUGGUCCAGCCGUGCUGCCACUACACCAAAGCCAUUCCCACGAGCGAUCAUCCCAAGGCGGCGGCAGAGCCCCCGCCUCAAACGGAGGAAGGGCUUCCCGGCGCCCAGCCACAAUUUGGGGCCAUGGAAGAGGACGAGCCCACACAUGAGCAGCAGCAGGCCCAGCCACAGCCACAGCCACAGGCAUCGACCAGCGGCAGCAAGAAAGGAGGUGCAGGUCCUGGAUCGGCGCCUGCUCCUGCUGCCGCUCCCGCCGCUGGUGGCCCUCCUUCGGGGGAUGGCAAGUACGAGCCCUGCUGCUGCACCUGGCACGUGCCCACCGCCGUGCACACCCACUCGAAGCCGACAAUCUCCCGUGCGACGCUCCUCAAGCUGCUGGCAGACGCCACACGGGCCUACCAGUCGCUGCUGCCCAGAGUGCUGCUCGGGCACGUGUACACCUCGGCAGACAGUCCGCUGAUCCAGGAGCCCCAGAUGACGUUCAUGGCCGUGCUGCUGGACCGCUUUCUGCCCAUCACGAAGCGCCACCACGUCCCGGAGGUGAGCACCAUGGCCCGUGUGCUCAUCUGCUCGCUCGCCGACUGCUACCAGGUGCCUGGAGUGCAGGUGCAGGUCGUAGAGGAGCUGCACGCGGCGGUGGCGCGAGCGCUGGCCCAGCCGGACUCCUCGGAGAAGCAUACGCGCCUGCAGGUGCUGAUGAGCCUCUUCCCGAACCUCAUCGAGGCUCCGAUGCUGUUCGACAAGGUGCACAUGCACCGCAACAACAUGUACCGCGUCCUGCUGCGGCAGGGCGUCAUGACGUACCUCACCAAGAUCGCCCAGUACAAGGAUCUGUCGAACCACAACACCCUCUGCACCCUGGCCUCCAUCCUGCGGCCCAUGGAGAUGCUGCUGCGGUUCAACGUCUCCACCACGACCCUCGGCUCGAAGCGGAUACUAUUCGGAGGCGCCAGCACGGGCGGAGCGGGCGGCACGGGCGCCGGAAACAACUCCGCGGGCUCGGGCAUUGGCGGCUCCUCUGUGUCCACCCUGGGCGGCGGAGGAGGCAACAGCGGCAGCAACACCUACGGCACCAUCAUCAACCGACGCCUGUAUCCGCGCAUGGCCACACGCGCCACCGCCGGAGCGGCUGUCGAGCGCUCGAACGGGAUGGGCGGCGAGCACGUCCUGCGGGACAUAAUCCGCAACGUGCUGUCGGACAGGCGUCACGCCUUUGAAUUCAUCUUCAACUCGGACGAAAUGGCCGUCGACCCAGAGGAUGCGGCCCCCCCAACAGCAGGCGGAGCCGGAGGAGGAGGCGGCGGCGGAGGCGGAGCAGGCUCAGGCGCAGGAACUGGGGCAGGAGGCCUUGGAAUGGGUCUGGGAAUGGGCCUCGGACUGGGAUCAAGCAGUAGCAUCACCAGUGCGGCCGCCGGCUCCGUCAUCGAUGUUGUGGGAGAACGCAACAGCAGCAGCAGCGUGGGAGGCGGCAUCGGAGGCAUCGGAGGAGAAGCCAACGAUGGACCAUCUGGCUCUGCAGGUGCCACUGGAGGCCCCGUCCGGCCCGUGCUAAACUUUGACCAGCUCUGGGACGACUUUCUGCAGAGCGAGGGCCUGCGUCUGGCCUCGCGAGCAGGCGGGGCCGGAGGCAGCGGCAGCGGCAGCGGCAGCUCCUCGCAGCAGCAGCACCCGCAGAACGGAGCAGCCUCGAGCGGGACGAGUGGCGGAGGAGCAUCUGGCUCUGGCGCCGGCUCUGGCAGCUCCAUCAACGUAGAUCCCCGUCUGCGCGGCUCCCAGCCGGACAGGCUCCUCCUGGCCCCAGGCGAUGGAUCCAAUGCAAACAGCGGCGGCCACGGCAACGGCAACAGCGGCUCGGCCAACGACAACGGCCUGGGCGGCGGCAACAGUGACGGCGCCUCCACCUCCUCCGAUACGGGAGCCCGCGAGAACCGCCGCGAGAUGACCUCGCUGCUGGGAGACGCCAGCAGCUCGGACUCCGACUCGGACGGCUCCUCGGAGAACGAUGAGCGCAACGACGAGGAGGACGACGACGAGGACGAUGCACCCGACGAGGAGGCGGACGAGCACAGCGAGACGGACGUCGACGAGGAGCGGCCCCGCCAGUUCAUCGAGGUAUUCGACCACAUCUACGAGCCGGAGUCCUCGGAGACGGCCUCCAACGAUGCCGACGUCGACGCCGACGACGACGACGACGACGACGAGGACGUCGAUGACGACGACGACGACGAAGACGACGCCGAUGACGAGGACCAUCGUGCCGCCAUCGACGAUCCCGAGCUGGAGAACCAGAUCGACAUAGCCCUGGCCCUGAGCAACUCGAACAAUCGACCCAGGCGCAGUGCCGCCAUCACGGCCUCCGGCGAGCCAGUGGCCGAUGACCCGAUACCCGACGAUGACGACGACGACGAGGAUGUCGAUGACGACGACGACGACGACUCGGCCGUCAAUGAGGCCGCCAGUCGGGCCGAGGCCUUCCUGUUCGAGCGCCUCGUCGUCGACAAUCCCCUGCUGAUGCCCACGCCCCCGACCAGCUUCCGUGUGCGGAUGAACAGCUCCAUUGUCCAGCCCCUGGACAUUGAUGUGAACGGUGGCGGUGGCGGCGGGAAUGCGAAUACCAGUGCGAGUGGCAGUGGUGCCAGCGGUUCCAGUGGUGCCGCCGCAGGAGGAGGGGCAGCCGGCUCUGGCGGAGGUGCGGCUGGUGCCAGCAGCAGCAGCGGCGGCGACGGCGGAGGAGGAGGCGGCGGAGAACGCCCUGUGGCUGCCGCCCUGCGUCCCUCUUCGCGUUCCUGGAUCGCCCCGGACUAUACUUUCAUUAGCGCCGCAGGCGGAAUACCCACCCCCGGGGGUAGCGGAAGCAGCAAUGCCCCCGCCAAUGGCAACAGCGAGGCAGGCGGUGCCGGAGGUAGCGGAGGCGGAGGAGCUUCAGGAUUCCACACACCCAGCGGAGGAGCCUCAGGAGCGGGAGUAGGAGCAACCGCUUCCUCGAACAGCCAGAACAUGAGCAAUCUCCUGGACGAACAGGUGGCCGGCGGCGGAUCUGGCGCAGCGGCCAGCGGCGGCGGCGGAGGGGGCUCCGGCUCUGGCUCCUCGGCCCUGUGCAACAACGGAGUGCGCCGUCGCCUGAUGUACGUGGACCAGCAGUACUGCGUGUGCAUGCCCUCGCACCAGAACCCCACGGAGGAGACCCAGAUCGAGAUAUUCACCCAGGACGCGCUCCACUGGUGGCUGGAGGAGGCCAAGGCCCUGGACAUGGAGAGCCAGACGGACGCGUGCCUGUACGCGGCGCAUUUCCUGCUGCCGUAUCUGAUCCGGCAGCUGAAGGCGGCCCACUACCAACGGAAGCAGGAGGAGGCCGCGCGCCAGUCGGCCAUGGCGGCCGCAGCAGCAGCCACCACGGCCACCACCAUACCGACGCCAACGGCCACGACGCCGACCACCACCGGGUCGUCGGUGACAUCGACCUUCACGAGUGCCACAGCCACAGUGACAUCGUCGCCGGGAGCGGCAGGAGGCGCCACAGCCACGAUCAGCUCCAGCUCGAGCAGCAACAAUCGUCGCAGCUCCAUACCCGUACUGAUCCCCAUGCUGAUACCCUCUUCGCUGGCGCCAGCGCCGGCGGCAUCACAGGCCCAGCCAUUGGCCACCAGAGGAGCGAACCCCAACGAUGAAUCCACGACCACAACAACGACGACUGCAACGACAGUGGCCACAGCGACAGCCACAGCCUCAGCCACAGCCACAACGACAGCCGCAGCCGCAGCGACAGCGACAGCAGCGACCACUUUGGCAGCGAGCAGCGGCACAGCUUCUGCGUCAGCCGAAGGCCUGGCCAUGCCGCCGUAUGCCACAUCGGCGCGUUCGCGCCCGCUGCGUGCAGCGAUACGCAACGCCACACUGCGCCGGAACGAGCCACGGCCGUCCUUCAAUAUAUUCGCAGAGAUUGACCUGACCAACGAUCCGGACAAUGACAAUGAUGCUAUUUUAGAUCCAUUAGGAACAGCGGGAACAGAAUCACGUCUGCUACUAUUUCCUCCACAAGAGGAGGCACCACCGCAGGCACAGGCAGAGACGCAGGCAGAUGCCUUGGCUGUGGCCACAAGACACCCGCCAGUGCCGCAUUUGCCAUCGGCCAGCGGCAGGCCGCCGCGUCUCCAUGCUCGCGUACAGGAUUUUAAUGUAUUCAAUGAAUUUGGACAGAAUGCCCCGCGCAUCCUUAACGGACGCACCCAUCGGCUGAUGUACGGCCAACAUCAGCGGCUGCAUCAUCAUGCGGGACGUGGGCCGGCCCCGCCACCGCCGCCACCAUUGGCCCCGUCGCCGGCCUCAGUGCUCGAUUUCUAUCCGCCAGCAGCGCUCCUGGCGCCGUCAUCCUCUGGCGACCAGGACCAGGCCCCCACCCAGGACAAUGUGCAGGAGGAGGAAGUGAAUGUCAGCCUGUUGCAGCCCGGUGUACUGGAUGUGCCCGAGCCAGAGGCGGCACAGCGCCAGCAGGAGGAGCAGCAGUCCCUGGGCAGCGGCAGCAGCAGCAGCAGCCGACCAGAUCCACCGCCACCACCGCCGCCCACUGAUAGCACAACGCCGCCCAUCCAGGUGGCCAUCAUCGAUGAGCCGCUAUGGGGAGCGGCCACACUCACCCGUCCCCCGCGGCCGACCACAGCACAUCCGCAGCAGCAGCAGCAGCAGCAGCAGCAGCAGCAGCAGCAGCAGCAGCAGCAGCAGCAGCAGCAGCAGCAGCAGCAGCAGCAGCAGCAGCAGCAGCAGCAGCAGCAAUCCACCAGGACGUCGGCCUCCCCUGGAGGUCGGAAUGGGACACUCUUUUUGGGAUCGUCUCCCACCAAUGCCGCGGGAGGGGCCUCCUCCUCUGCCGCUACAGCGACAGCGACACCGACACCGACAGCUGCUCCCAGCACAGAUGAAGGAGGAUCUAGUGGUGGUGCGUCUGCCACUGCCACUGCACCUGCCACUGCCACUGCGAGUGGCUCUGGAACUGCAAGCCGAACCGUCACAGACAUGAGCCCCGAGGUGCGUGCCGCUCUGGGGGAUCUAGAGGUGCCAGAGGGCGUGGACCCCUCCUUUUUGGCGGCGCUGCCCAGCGAGAUGCGCGAGGAGGUGAUCCAGGAGCAUCUGCGCAUGCAGCGCAUCCGCCAGCGGGCCCAGCAGAACGCCAUCCAGAUCGCCCACGACUCGCUCGUGGAGGUGAACCCCGAGUUCCUGGCCGCCCUACCGCUGAGCAUCCAGUCGGAGGUGCUCAUGCAGCAGCGCAUCGAACAGCAGCGCCAGGCGGCACAGACGGCCAACCCCGAGGAUCCCGUCGACACGGCAGCCUUUUUCCAAAAUUUACCCGAGAAUCUGCGUCAAGUGAUACUCUCGGACAUGGAGGAGUCGCAGAUUGCCAGCCUGCCGCCAGAGCUGGCCGCCGAGGCCCAGUUCCUGCGUCGCGACUGGGAGACACGCAACGGGCCGCGCCUGGGGGAUGCCCAUCCCCCCAGCAGUGCGCUGUCCCGUUAUCAGAACUCGCUGCAGACCCUGGAGGAGGCGCGCUGGCACAGCUCCAUUUGGUACGAUGCCAGCGGCAAUGCCCUGCCGCAGCACCACCAGCACACGACGAUUGUGCACCACCAUGCCCACAGCCACGCCCUGAACGUGGGCAAGCCGCUGGCCCUGCUCAUGAUGGAGGACGAGAACAUCCUGCUCGAUCCGGACUCCCUGGCCACGCUGCUGCUGUUCCUGUUCGUCGAGGACCAGAAGUCGAACAGCUUGCGGCUGCAUCGCGUCAUCCGGAACCUGUGCCACCACGAGCCGACCCGCGACUGGAUCAUCAAUGCCCUGAUCAACAUUGUCCAGAAAACGAACGAGGAGAGCGCCAACUUCGGGGCGGGCCAGGGCCAGGGACAGGGCAGCAAGCCCGACUGGCUGAAGCUGCGCGUUGACGCCGCCUUUGGGUACAAGAGCAACAUAUUCCUGAUCAAUCACCUCCACGACGAGGCCGGCGGCAGUGCCAGUGCCAGCGGCAGCGGCAGCGCCAAGAGCAUCAGCAUUAAUCCGCAGGCGGCCCAACUGAUUGUCCGCAACUGUUUGGACCUGCUGUUCGUCCUGGCCAAGCACUAUCCGUCCAGCUUUGUGCCCUACCAUCGCGAGACCAAGGCCCGUCGCAUGCUUAGCGCCGUCUUUGGCCUGCCGCCCCCCAUCCCGGGAGCACCGCGCGUCGAAGAACAGCCGCAGGCGCAGCAGCAGAACCCACCCGCCGGCGGUACCCUGGACUUUCGUUCCCGCUUCUAUCGCUACCAGGUGGCCAAUCGGAUGCGUGCCAUGAUCGAGGAUCAUCAUCCCCGAAUGCUGGCCCCACCCACACCGCCCCCAGUCCAGCCCAUAGCCACAGUCCAGGCCACAGCCACGCCCACAGCUCCAGCUCCGGCUCCAGCCACGCCGCUGGACGAUGAGGCUCCCUCGACAUCGAAGGCAGCUGCCGCCAAGGCGGCAAAGGCAGCCACGACCACAGCAGCCACUGCAACGGAUGUGGGAAGCGGUACAGGAACAGGAACUGGAAGUGGCUACCAGACCAAUUCGUACAACUUCUGGGAUGUGGUGCUGAACAUCGAUCGACAGACGGAGGAGCGCAUGAAGCACGUGGCCGAGUUCCCGAUCGUUUCGCAGCCCUCCUGGGAGUGGGUGGCCAAGACAGGGGACUUCCUGUCGUUCAGCGACUCGCCGUUCGGGCAGCUGCUGGCCAUGCUGCCGUACAAGGUGAUCUGUCGGUCGCCCCACCUGACGGACAUGCUCGUGAAGCUGCUGGCCUCGCUCAGCACAGAGCUGCCCAAGGAGGAGGAGCCCGGGCCUGGGGCCGAGCCCCAGAUGCCCAGGCUGAUACCCAUCAACCAAGCGGUGCUCAAUCAGCAGGCCCAGCAGAACCAGGAGAUGACCCUGGCAGCGGCCGCCCUGACGGGCGCCAAUGCCACCGGCGACACCGGUUACACCACCACGCACGCCAGUCGUCCCCUGCCGGAGCUCAAGAAGAUGCCGCCGCCGCCGCUCACCCUCCAGAUGUCGGUCAAGCCGAAGCGCAAGAUCUACGCGAAGAACUUCUCGCAGCUGCAGCUCGUGAUCGAGGUGCUGACGCACCAGUGCGGCACCACCGAGGGCCUGGACAACGUGGCCAAGCUGAUUGUCAAUCUCACGCAGUGCUCGCAGGCAUCGAAUGCCAUUUUCAUACAGUACUUGACCGCCGCCAUUCUCGGCCUCGCCGAGGAGGUGCGCCAGGCCAUCCAGACGCUGCUCCAGGAGAUACGGGCGUACAACAUCAAUGCGGGAUUGCCCAGCACCUCGCAACAGGCAACGGCAGCGGCAUCCGCGGCAGCGGCAGCGGCGGCAGCAGCAGCAGCAGCAGCAGCAGCAGCAGCGGCGACGGGACCAUCCACUUCGGCUGGACUGUUUCCCAAUCUGGCCGUGAACGAGGGAAUCAUGCAGGAUCGCUUCACCGCAGAGCACGUGAUCAUUUCGGCACCGAAGAACGCCAAGCCGACGUGCGAGCUGCAGCUGCCGUCGAUGAAGAAACUGAUGUCGAACUCCUCCUCGCAGCCGUUCUUCCUGCGGACCCUCAAGAUCUUCAUGCAGGUGCGGGACAUGUACGAGAACCAGACGGUGGCCUCCGACGACGAGGAGGACUUCAUCGACAUCCUGGGCGAUGGCGGUGCCACCAGCGGCAGCAGCUCGGAUGCCUCGCGUUUCCGGGCCCGCAUGGAGACGAAUCAGCAGCCCUCGGACGUGGGGGCCAUCGACGCGGAUGGCGACGGCGAUGGCGACGACGAGGAUGACGAUGAGGAGGCCAUGCCCCUGGGGGGCGGCUCGUCCAGCAGUUGCGGCGCCGGCGGUGGCGGGGCUGGUGGCAGCGGUACAACGGACAGCGGCAGCAAGCCAGGCAAGCCGACGCUCAGCCAGAUCCUGUGCCUCGAUGUCCUGUGGCACACGUUGAGCGAGUGCCUGGUGGCACUGGAGGAGUCCAAGGACGAGUUUGCCGUCCUCGUGCUGCAGCCCACGGUGGAGGCCUUUUUCCUGAUCCACGCCUCCCAUCGCAUACCCAAGAAGGGGGCACGCGGCGGCCGCGCAGCCUCAGCCGGCCGCACAGUGGGCGGCAGUGUGUCCUCGUCCUCGGUGCAGGACAUUAGUCCCCUGAUGGACGAGGGCAGCGGCAGCACAGCCUUCGGCUCGGACGAUGCACAGGAUUCCAGCAACACGUCCAUCGGCAACACUGCCAAUCUCAGUCCCAAUGCCGGAGCCGCGUCCGCGAGCUGCGGCUCCACAGCCGGUCUGAGUGCCCACGAGGCACAGCUGAAGCAGGAUCGCCACAAGUUCCUUCAGUUCGCUGAGAAGCAUCGAACUGUGCUCAACCAGAUCCUGCGCCAGUCCCUCACCCACCUGUCGGACGGCCCCUUCGCCGUCCUCGUGGACCACACGCGCAUCCUGGACUUCGACGUGAAGCGCAAGUACUUCCAAACGGAGCUGGAGCGCCUCGACGAGGGCAUACGCCGCGAAGAGCACACCGUUAGUGUUCGACGCGUGACCGUCUUCGAGGACUCGUUCCGUGUCCUGUACCGUCUGGGCCCCGAAGAGUGGAAGAAUCGUUUCUACAUCGUGUUUGAAGAUGAAGAGGGUCAGGACGCUGGCGGCCUGCUACGUGAAUGGUAUGUGAUCAUAUCGCGGGAGAUCUUCAAUCCGAUGUACGCUCUGUUCUGCGUGUCGCCGGGCGAUCGCGUCACCUACAUGAUAAAUCCCUCCAGCCAUGCCAAUCCCAAUCAUUUGAGCUACUUCAAGUUUGUCGGACGCGUGAUUGCCAAGGCCGUCCACGACAACAAGCUGCUGGAAUGCUACUUUACGCGCUCCUUCUACAAGCAUAUCCUGGGCAAGCAAGUGAAGCACACGGACAUGGAAUCGCAGGACUACGAGUUCUACAAGGGCCUCGACUAUCUCAUGAAGAACGACAUCUCCAAUCUGGGCUACGAGGUGACCUUCUCCACCGAAGUGCAGGAGUUCGGCGUCACCCAGAUCCGUGAUCUCAAGCCGAACGGACGCGACAUCCCAGUUACCGAGGACAACAAGUUCGAGUAUGUGCAGCUGGUGUGCCAAUUGAAGAUGAGCGGCUCCAUUCGUCAGCAAUUGGAUGCAUUCCUCGAGGGCUUCUACGAUAUAAUUCCAAAGCAUUUAAUCUCGAUUUUCAACGAACAGGAACUGGAACUUCUCAUAUCCGGCCUGCCAGAUAUUGAUAUAGAAGAUCUGAAGGCCAACACCGAAUACCACAAGUACACGUCGAAGUCGGCACAGAUCCAAUGGUUCUGGCGUGCGCUGCGCAGCUUCGACCAAGCGGAUAGGGCCAAAUUCUUGCAGUUUGUCACCGGCACCUCAAAGGUCCCGCUGCAGGGCUUCGGCUCGCUGGAGGGCAUGAACGGCAUACAAAAGUUCCAAAUCCAUCGCGACGAUCGCUCCACAGAUCGCCUGCCAUGUGCCCACACUUGCUUUAACCAACUGGAUCUGCCGAUGUACAAGUCCUACGAUAAACUGCGCAGCUGUCUGCUGAAGGCCAUUCAUGAGUGUUCCGAAGGCUUUGGCUUCGCCUAAGCGAAUGCGAGCCCACGCCCACGCCCACGCAGCACUCGAUGAUUCCUAGACGACGACGACGGCAACAGUGUAGCGCUUCGCGAACACCCACGAAAACGAAAUUUGAAUUAAUUUAAGCCCGACACACACACAUAUAUAUUCGUGAAGAGAGUACAGAACAGCCACUGCAGAUGUGAGAGAGCGAGCGAGACCGAAGGCGCAAGCGUAAGGCAGCAGGAAAAAAGAAAAAUUCAAAAUUCAAAAAAAAAAAAACAGCAGCAGCAGCGGCAAACAGCAAAUGCAUAAACAUACAAUACAUAAAGUUAAAUAGUAUAUAUAAAAAAUGUUGAAUUAAUUAUUAAUUUUCGCGCCUAUAUAUAUACAAUAUAUAUUUUCUUAAAUUUUCAAAAAGGAAAACGAAAGUCGGCGAAAAAUCUUGGAAGUUUAGAGAGAAAGUAUAGAUUCCCAAAACGAAAACAAAAACCACACGAAAGAAAGAAGAAAAUUACACACAGAUCACAACAGAAGAUAAGAAGAAACGAAGGAAUAAAUCUAAAUUUAGUGUGCGUAGAUCAUUUAAAAUAUGUUUUUUCGUUUUUCUGUCGAUUCAAACAUUUCCUUUCCCAUUAAACAAGCAAGAUAACAAUAAAAAAUACAAAUAAAACAAAAUACAAAACAAUA